UCAAGUGAUUCGCAUGCUAUUACAUGUAAAAUCAAUAUCAGCAUUUUUUUAAAAAAAAUCAGACUUAAUUAUUUAUUGUAUAAUCACUUGCACUAAUUAAUUAAAAUCAUCUCAAUUACAAAUUGUAAAUUGAUCUCAUUUGUCAUUCUCACUUUUCUCAAUUCAAAUAUUAUUUCUUGCAAUUCCUUCAUUCAUUAAGAGCAUCAAACUUUUAAAGCGUAAGUUUAGUAAAAAAUAUCACAUGUAUGGCUUCAUAGUCUCUCAAUUCUCCGUCUAUUUUGCUCUCUGACGAGAAUUUUUGUACAUUUAAUUUUUUUUGUUUCAGUUCUGCUCCGACAUUCGAGAAAUUAAUGUCUGUGAUUCUUUUUCAGUUAAUUAAAAAAAUUAUUUUAUUACCAAAAAUGGUUCUUUCUUGAGAUUUGUGGAUUAAUUAAGAUUUAGAGGUCAUAGUCGUCAAAAAUCAGCUAUGGCUGAUCCAACAAUUCAAACUUUUUGCUGUCAUCGAAAUGCCGAUAACUCCGCAUAUUAUCUAAUGAAAGAAUUCAAUAAACAGAGAUUCAUCAUCAUAUCAAUUAUUUCAUCUAUAAUCGGCAUUUCCGGUUCCAUUUAUCAAAUAUUUAUAAGAAAAAGUAAUCAGGAAGCAACAACACCGAGAAGCCUCAUUGGACGUAAAAUUAUUGUUUAUCUUGCAUAUUCUGACAUGUUUGCAUCGAUUGGGAUUCUCGUGAGAUCGGGAAUUUGGAGUUAUGUGAGACCAAAGAUGCCAUAUGAAGACGACAGUGUCAGUGUUUUGUCUUGUUCGAUUUCCUCGGCUUUCAUUCAGUUAUUCUACACAGCCACGUGGUUAUGGACCUUUGUGUAUGCAUACAACAUGAGAUGUGCCUUAAGGAACAAAAUUGUUCAAGUGCGAGACUUACACAUCAUUGUAUGGUCAGUGUCGUUUUUAUUGACUGCCAUUGGCACAACAAGUCUUUAUUAUCCUGACGCAAACUGUCAUGACAUUGAAGACACAACCUCAGCACUGCUGCGUAUUAUGCCAAAUUAUUUCGUUAAUUAUGGUCCAAUUGCGUUCGUCAUGAUUGCAAAUCCAAUCAUAUAUUCUCAGUGUAGCAAGGAAGUUGAUAACCAACUCAUUCAACGCUUUGGACGAUACACAAACAAUGAGAGACAAAUACAUGAUUUAUUUAAAAUUAAAUUCUCUCUAAUAAUCACAAUCUUCUAUUUUUGCUGGUUCCCAAAUGUUAUCAAUGCAAUUUUGAUGUGGACGAUGUGGCCUCAAUUGUCAUUUAACAACACAAUUGGACAAAUUGUGGUAUUUAAUUGGUACAUAAUUGCUGUUGUUAAUCCACUUCAGGCAUUCUUCAAUGCUUUCAUUUAUCGGAAGUGGAGUGAGAAGCUUUUUGGAUGUUGUUGGAUCAAAGAUUGCUUUUUGAGGUGUUUGGGGUCAGGUAUGGAUGUCCACCGAACUACACAUGUGAUAUCAGAAGCAACACCAUUGCUGCAAAGUACUUCAACUAGGUUAAAUAAUGAGAGGGUUGAAAAUGAAGAGAUUAUGACGAUAGAAGAUGAUGAUCGAUUUUAUAAAUUCUCAAUUCAGUGCCCUUUGGUUUGAUUGACAGAUCAGCAUACUUAAUAAAUGGUUGCUGGUUGGUUAAAUGAUGAAUACUGAAUACCAGAUGAAGGCGACUUGAAGAAUUAAAGUUUUGGAUGCAAAAUCUCCACCCAACUUGAAAAUAUCAACUUUUUAAAAUCGCAUCAAAAACAUAAAGCUUCAUUCAACUACAAAACAUUUUGAAACAAAACUUAAUAUGUGAUUUUUAACAAUUUUUCUAUAAAAUAAUAUUUUUUUCCACAAAAAUGUCCAAAAAAUGUGUAUUAAAAUAUGACAUUUGCCGGCGAUUUCUCACGUUCGAAAGAAUGAGAAGCAAAAAACUUUUUUUCUUCUUACCUUGAAGAUUCUCAGUACAUUUUGUACACUCUCGUUUAAAAAUUAUCAACAACUGUCGCUCGAAUUAGUGAAAAUAAUUCUUUUAACAAUAAGAGUUUAUGGUGAAAAACUGUCAGUUGCUGUUGAACUUUGUGUG